AUGGACCUUCCUCUACCCAAGCAUGAGGACUUGUUGCAGAUGGGCUUGCUUCAGAAACGCCGGGUUGGAUCCUUCUGCAUCUUCAUAUCGCACCAGUGGACCUCGCUUGAUGAUCCUGAUCCCGGUGGGCAGCAGCUGAAUGUCUUGAAAGCUUGCUUGCGCAACAUCUGCUACAAUGAACUCUCCGUCACGAACGAUGCAGCCUCGCAGUUCUUUGGAGACGUGAAGUCCUUGACCACGACGCAGAAAUCCCAAAUUAGGGAAGGCUUUCUUUGGCUGGACUGGAUCAGCAUUCCCCAGUCGGAGUCACAUGUACAAGCCUCGGAAUCAGUCCUCCCCGAACAGGAUUGGCUCAGCUGCUCGCGCACGUUUGCAUACAAGAGCUCGAAGCCACGGAGGCAUUCGAAGCAGGAGGAGUACAUUCUGUCCAUUCCUUCGUUUGUUCAGGCGUGCCAAAUCUUUGUGGCCCUGGUCCCACCAGUUCUUCAUCAUGACACAGGAAAGGUUUGCAACUUCAGCAGCUGGCUGUCGAGGGGGUGGUGUCGAGCGGAGAUGUGGUGCAAAAUGCUUCUUGGAGACCAGGACCUGCCCAUGGUCGUCAUCGCUGCUCCAGAUUUGGCGGAUUUUGCACGGCCAGUGAACUGGGUCGACUGCAUGCCUCACGAGGGGGUGUUCUCACAACCUGGUGACAGAGACGUGGUGAUCGAAAUCUUCGAGCAGGCACUUUCUCACCAGGUGACGUGGGAACGGGAUCCCAACAUGCGCCGCUACUUCUUGGCCCGUCGCGAGUCCCUCCUGGAUAAGGCAGAGAAGAAGCGAACCCUCAGCGAAUUCCUGCAAGACUUUGGCUUCAAAAGCCUUCAGCAGGCGAGGCGGGCCUCGAAGAAGGUCCUCAGUCCAGUAGCAUGUGCUGCCUUGGCUGGAGACACGCAAGUACUCCGCCACUUGUUAGAAGCAAGGUGCCCUGUGGACUGUAGCAUUGCGCCAUUGCUCAAAGUCGGUUUGGUGGAACUCCUCACGCCCGUUCACCUGACUGUGAUGCAGGGCUGGAGGCAGCCCUGGGUGCUUGAGCAGCUGCUGAACAGCCAAGCCGACCCAAACUUAGCAGGCAAGGGGAUUCCUCUCUUGGCCUGUUGCCGCACAGCGGAGGAUGUCGAGACCUUGGUACGUUACAGGGCCGAUGUGAAUGCAUGUGCAUCGCCAUUGCACGUCCCAGUGUUGGCCUUGGCAAGCGGAGAGAAUGUUAACCCACUGGUGAUCUCGAAGCUCCUGGAGCUGAGAGCCAAUCCCAAUGCUUCUCAGUCUGCCAUCGGGCUUGGAAUCAAGCAGCCGCUCAGCUUCCUCUCCAUCAACUCGAGGUCGAGUGCCUUUACUGUGGAGAUUGCCGAACUUCUCCUCAAAGCUGAGGCCGACGUGAACCUUCAGUCCUCAGCAGGUGCACCCUUUUAUUCCUUAGAGCUUCUCUGCCGGAUGUAUCUUCAAGUUGCUCCACCUCGCACUGGCUUUAUGAAGGCCGCAGCUGAAUGGAGCACCACGCCUUUAGGUUUCGCAUCUCUCUUCAGCAGCCCGGAAUUGGUGGAGGUGUUGUUGGCCCACAGGGCAGACCCAAACAUCCGAAACGCGCGUGGCAACCGGCCAAUUGAUUUGGCUACUUGCACCCUGGUUCGGAACCUUCUGCAGCCGGAGGGUUUUUUGGAUGGGGACCCAGACUGGCAGCCGGAGAACUGGGAAGUUCGUUCUGUGCACCUGUCCAGGAGUCUGCAGAUGCCCUUUUAG